AUGGAGUUGAUGCAAGAAUUUGUGUUUGGGCUUUGGCGUCUCUGGAAAAACAAAAAUGAUUUAAUUUUCAAAGGCGUGUCCCAUCAACCCCUUGAUAUCCUCGGGCUCUGGACGAGGAACCUGGGCGAGUUCAAGGAGGCGGGAUUUCAAAGAACGAUAAGUGCUCACCCCUCUGAUGGCUUGUCGACCCUAGCCCCGGCAAGAAGAUCUGGUCUGUGGAGGAAGCCGAGCUUCGGCACCAUCAAGGUAAAUACUGAUGCUGCUUGGCGCAAGGAGACUUUAUAUGCAGGUGUGGGAUGGGUUGCUCGAGACUUUGCUGGUUUGCUGCAGGCGGCGGGGGGCUCGGGAGGGAGACUAUGCCAUAGUGCUGCAGCAGCUGAAAUGUUAGCAAUCCGCACUGCUUUGGAAUUCUGUGUUCGUUUUGGUUUCAAUUCUGUGGCCAUCGAAUCAGAUGCUAAGAAUAUAAUCCAAAUGCUUCGGAAUGAGACUACCCCUGACUUCAGUUUGGAAUGUACUUUUGGUGACAUCGCGACUCUAGCCCGUGGUUUGGAGUCGGUAACUUUCGAUUUUGUUUCUCGGGAAAGUAACCGUGCGGCGCACUCGGUGGCCAAGUAUGUUUUCCAAGAAGGAAAGGAGUCGGGAAAGUAA